AUGGACCGCUACCUUCAUGACCCAGAUCCCAUGGGCUCAACGACUCCUGCUUUCAACACCAGCACCCCCACAUCAUCACGAUCGUACACGCUGAACCGAGAACCAGUUCAGCACAGUAAGCAGAAAUCUGAGACCAGCUCCAAUAGUGAGAAAUCCUUCGGCAGCCGCAACAUGCAUCGCGGUAAUCAACGCGGUGGUCGUGGCGAAAAUCGUGGUGGUAGAGGUGGCAACCGCACAUACUCUGGCAGUUCCGGUAGCUCUAACGGCCAGUACAACCCCAACCGACCAACUCUCAAGCCCGCUUCGGCAUCUCAGUCCUCUCAAGCUCCACGUACUCUCAUGACAACUAUGGAGCAGGUCCCAGCCCGCGUAGACCCACCAGUUACCCCGGUCAAACAGCUCUCCUCUUUCGACUUGAACGGCAACAGCAUCAACGAGACCUACAUCGCGAGAGCUAGUACCACUCCAACACCAUCUCCGGCAAGAUCACCAAUGAUAAGCCCACCACGACAGGCCACUCAAGCGUCUCCUCGAUAUGGAGGUAAUCGCCCGCGCUUCAACUCAGCUGGUCAGCGUAGUCCACAGAGGCCAAUUGUGAGGAAUCAAACUCAGCAUUGGGCCCAUUACCAGGAACUGAAGCUCAGGUUAUCGGGCUUACCCAAGAGCUGCUGGACGAAAGAGGUGUAUCAAGUAAUGGCGUCGUUUGGUUCUGUCAUCAGGAUCGAGAUGGUCUCUGGCACCCGAGACUACUCCGCUUACGUGGUGUUUCGACCUCCCCCAGUGAAGACCAUUCCUCAUCAAAACCUUCGUAUCGGCGGUGCUCUCGUAAGGCUUGAGAUACUCCCUUCACAAGUCAAGACCGUUCCGAGCCCAGCCAAUCCCGCCAAAUCAUACUACGAGAUCAAUGUCCUACCUGUACAUGGGCUCGACUUCGGCGUCAACGUGGCAGACAAGACCAUGAUUGCGAUGCAUACCUUGCGUUCACCGGGCAUCAUCUACAUGACGCUGAACCUGAUGCGCAAAGAGCUCGACAUUCAGUUCUCAGUCGAUGUCGAUAGCCAGAUGCGCAAGUUUCGCUUUGCGUUGCCAAUUGCCCUGCUCUCUCGUAUAUACAAGACCAUCGACAAAGUCACUGGUCAGCCGACUUUGAUCAUUCCGUUCAGCUCACCCCCGCAGUUCUACAUGCAGCGAAGUGAGGGUCAGCAUCUGGAGGACGGAAGACAAUGCAGUACAUUCUCUAGGAAAGAGAGAGCUUGGAAUGCCUGGGACACUUGGUUCCGGGCAACCGAUAUCAUUAACAACGCCGUCAAGAGCAAGUUCCAAGGCUUGCCGUUGAUGAACCAUAAGGAUACCGCCAUAAUCGACAUUGGACGAUGGACGAGUUAUCGCAUGAUCUUCGACGCGACAGUGAUGACUGGGCCCAAGUUUAAGGACUUCAGCGAUGCUCUCGCCGAUCAUGGCGUCGCAAUUGAGGACCUUGACGAGUAUACGAUCCAAGAAAUGGUUCCGUCGCCUCUAUGGUCACUGCUACAAGAAGAGAUAUCUGGCACACAUCCACAUCUUGAGUCGACACCCUCAAAGGGCUCGGUCUUCGAAGAUCUCUUCGCUGGCCAGUUUCAUCUAAGCUUUCCCGUCCGGUACCAACUCGAGGCGUGUCUAUCGAACGGCUAUUUGAAGGAACACAACAUCACGAGCGACUUCUUAGAGAAGCUCACAGCGAUGGAACCUCGCCGCGCCAUCUACAUCCUAGAGAAAGUCGUCGACAAACAGCACGUCUACUACGAUCCGAUGGAAAUAUUCGGCAUUCGGGUCAAGGACCUUGCGAGGAAAAUUCCUAGCUACUGCAUCCUUCAACGAUUGGUGGUAAUCACCCCAACCAUGAUGCAUGUAGCAUCGCCUAACAUGGAGACCUCUAACAGGAUCAUCCGCAAGCACGCCGCUGAUGGCGAUCGUUUUAUCCGAGUCAAGUUCUCCGACGAGAAGACAGAAGGUCAACUGCGCAAUAUGCCCAACGGAAGGGCUGAAGCUGCAUUCGACAGGGUACGUCGGGCCAUGAAGUAUGGCAUCGUCGUCGCCGGAAGAUACUAUGAGUUCUUAGCAUUUGGCAACUCACAGUUUCGCGAGCAUGGGGCAUACUUCUACGCACCUACUUCCUCCAAGUCCGCCGAUGACAUCCGCCUCUCACUGGGCAACUUCGAUCACAUCAAGACCGUCGCCAAAUUCGGUGCUCGUCUCGGUCAAUGCUUCUCAACCACUCGCGCGAUGCGGGACAACGUUAAAGUUAUAACAAUACCCGACAUCAUACGUAACAACUAUACUUUCACAGACGGCGUCGGUAAGAUCUCACUCUUCCUGGCCCAGAUGGCUGCCCAGGAACUCGGGCUUGCCCGCGCGUUCGACGACCCGCCGUCUCUAUAUCAAUUUCGCCUCGGUGGCUGCAAGGGGGUGCUUGCCCUGGAUACAAAGAUCACUGGUCCUGAGGUUCAUAUAAGGCCCAGCCAGAUGAAAUUCGUGGCACCCUACACUGGUCUGGAGAUAAUACGAUCUUCCUCGCUUGCGACACCGUUCUUCAACCGUCAGAUUAUCGUGGUCUUGUCAUACCUUGGCGUACCCGAUUCUGUGGUAAUCAGGAAGCAACAAGAGAUGAUCAAUGACUACGAGACCGCAAUGGUAGACGAUGGCGUUGCCUUGCAGAAGCUCCGAAAGCACAUCGACAUGAACCAGACUACGUUGACCAUCGCAGGAAUGGUCCUCGAUGGAUUCAUGAAGUCUCAAGAUCCGUUUGUCAUGUCUCUCCUCAAGCUUUGGAGGGCUUGCACCAUCAAGAACCUCAAGGAGAAGGCUCGGAUAGCCAUCGAUGACGGCGCAUUCGUACUCGGCUGCGUUGACGAAACAGCAACACUUCAAGGCCAUAUGAACGACCUCCAGCUCGAUGCUACGAAUGAGGAGAAGCUUGCCACACUCCCCGAGAUCUUCCUGCAAGUCGAUGAUACGAGCAGGAAAGGACACUACAAAAUCAUCCAAGGAUUGUGUGUCCUGGCGCGAAACCCAUCACUUCACCCGGGAGAUCUUCGAGUCGUUCGCGCAGUAGAUGUACCGGGAUUACAUCAUCUCAAAAAUGUCGUGGUGCUGCCACAGAACGGGGAUAGAGACCUCGCCAACAUGUGCUCUGGUGGCGAUCUUGACGGGGACGAUUAUAUGGUGCUAUGGGAUCCAGAUCUCAUACCCCAAAACGUCAAUAUGCCUGCCAUGGAUUUCACAGCCGAAAAGCCGAUUGAGACCAACGAUCCCAUUACGGCCGCCCACAUUGGCGAGUUCUUCGUCAGCUAUAUGAAGAAUGAUACCCUUGGCCAGAUUGCGCACGCCCAUCUAGCCAAUGCUGAUCUCCAAGCCGAUGGGGUCAACGACGACAAGUGCCUUGCUUUGGCGGAGUUGCACUCCAAAGCCGUCGACUUCCCCAAGAGCGGGUUGCCAGCCGAGAUGGCGCGGGAACUGAGACCGCAUAAGUACCCACAUUUCAUGGAGAAGAAGCAUCUCCCAGAGAACAAGAUCUAUCAUUCGAAGAAAGUAUUAGGUAUCCUUUACGACCAAGUGCAGCUAGUCGACUUCAAGCCUCAAUGGGAAAACCCAUUCGAUAAGCGCGUCCUGGAUGCCUUUGAGCUCGGCGACGAAGUUUUGGCGAAAGCUGCGGAAAUCAAGACUUCAUACGAUGAGUCCUUGCGGCGCCUGAUGGCCAAGCAUGGCAUCCAGACAGAGUUCGAGGCCUGGUCUGUAUUCGUCAUAGUGCAUAACCAUGAAAGCCGAGAUUACAAAUUCGCAGAAGAAUUUGGAAGGACUAUCGGUGCCUUCAAAUCACAAUCCAAGGAUGAAUGCCGAACUGCUGCAGAAGACAACCUGGAGAAGUUUGUCGCCGCGAUGUAUGUGGUGACUGCGAGAGAGAUGGAGACUGCAUUGGCCGAGUGCCGUACGAUAAAGACAGUUGGUGGUAGGGACGUUCCGGUGCGACCUAUGGAACCGGAGCACAUGCCCUUGAUCUCAUUCCCGUGGCUCUUCCCAAACGAAUUGGGAAAAAUUGCGACCGGCGGCGCGACCACCCGACAGCUAGACGUCCAGCAGAACAUCCCAACCCGACCCAAGAAGCACCCUGGAUCUUCCACGCUGGCAGAAGUCGAUACAGAGAUUGGUAUUGUUGAGACCGAAGCAGGUAUCACGCGUUAUGGGGAGUUGCUGGACUUGGAUUUUAGCCUCUAA